UCCACCAUACAGGUGUUAUGAAUGAAAGUGUUUCCGCGCAUGCUUGACCAUGUGCCAACAUCCAAGAGGGAGGGGGAGAAUUAGAAAUCUUCAAAUAUCUCAUGGAUUUUUACCGUCUCAUCUCUUAUCUAUAGAUAGUUUUGUUUGUUUGUUUGCUGUUUUCUUUGCAAAGCUGUCACAGGAAAAUUACUCAUUUGUCAUGAAUUAUUUGCAAAUGCAAACAUUAGCCAAAACAACGGUAAAUGAAGAAGUUUUUUUUGUUUUAUGUAUUCACACUAAUAAAAUGUGUGUACUUUCAUAAACAUUGCCGGUGUUCGUGGGCUAGUAGUGACAGCAGCUGUUGGUUUUUUGCUGUUUCCUUUUAUACUAAUUGUGGAUGUGUAAGUACUUUGCAGAUUGCAUAAGGCUAUAUUUUUCCUACGCCGAGCUUUCGUACAUUAAUUAACACAAUUUCGGUGUUUUUUAAAGGUGUUAUUAUAAUGUUUCCAAAUUAUGAUUAACGCUUUUGAGGUUCAUAGUGGAAAUAGUACUGCACGAUUGUGUAGUAUGAUAGUUGCUAGUAAAAAAUGUCAGUAAUGGCAUAUUUACGACAGGAACUUACCGAAAGAAUGGCGGUGUUGAUAAAAUUCGAUGCCACAAUCAAUUUCAUUAAUACUCGGACCUUGUCCGCGACGUCAUCAUUUCUGUUGUGUUUGUUUGCCCGAAAGCGUCAUCGUGUUACACAGUGUUGAAGACACAGAAGCAUGGAAGACACAACACUGCCAUCCUCUCCGGCCGGUUGGUUCGUUUCCGGCGGAAGGGAUCACUUUGACACACGACAUGUGGCGGGGGCCUGCGUACUCGGCGUCGGCUUUGCGUCGGUCUGGCAACGUCACGGAGCACGAACGCUGUUUUCUCACUCUCCCGCCGGAGCACACAUGAAAGAGCCAUUACUAAGCUGUGCUGCUUCCCUGCCGGACAAAAGCUUCGACCAUUAGUACAUGCGUGACUGUGGCAGCGGACGUACUGUUCGUCUGCUGUAACCGAGUCUGCUGGAGAGCGGUCGAUUUUUCCAACGCAAACGCGAUACCAGUGCGAAAAUCGUGAACACAUUCGUGGUGGGAAGAGGAUUGACUAUUCAUUUCCAACUGUGAGGCGAACAGUACGUCAACGUGACGCGUUAGAUUUGCUACAGCUGCAUCUAUCGAUUGGGCAGGUGUAACAUUGCAAUCGACUUCAUCAAUGAUAUACGGUGAAGUGAAUAUUUGAAUUGAUAAGUUGACGAUAAGUUUGGCGAAUAAAUUCGUUUUCCCUGCCUGUACGCAGAAUAGUGGGACCGUGUGCGCGUGUGUAUUUGUUCUAUCCAAUAAUGUUUUCGACUGUUGUUCGGUUGUUGUUUAUUUGGUGUCACUGUGUUACUUGGUUUGAUUUUUAGUAGCUCCUCGCUACGAGCAGCAACGCAAUCUUCGUUUCCAUAGCCACUUUCAUCGUGCAACGUAACCGUCGCCCGUAGUCAUCGUCGUCUUGACUAGGGUUAUGUUGCUUUGAUUGAAUAAACGAGCGAGUGGAACCUGCUUGAAACUGCUGCCUCACGGCAAAACAGGCGGCAAUAAGGUGGUAAUGCCGCCUCCUGUUGCCUUUCGCACCGAGAAGAAAUUCCAGUUUGCCCGCAAUUCAGUCAAAACGGGAUUUUCAACAUUUUGGAAGGGGAAAGAAGGAAGAAAAGACGAUAUUGAAGUUGAUACGGCAAUUGCAUGCGAGUCACAAAAAUAAGACAAUUUUGUCGCUAAACCUUCGCCUUCUCUACAGCAACUUUGUGGGCGAUUGUGCGUAAAAGUGUUACCCCGGUCACCUUCCAGCAGAUCAGUGAAAAUAGUGGAAUCGUGUUGUACGAUGCAAGUGUAAGAAGCAUCGAACGUAAUGUUUAAAUAUAAAUAUUGUUCAUCCGCGUGUGUGUGACGGUGUGGAAAGUGUUCUGGGGAUAACGAGAAGAUACACCCAACAUAUAAAAACAACGUUAAACCGUGUAAAACAGACGAUUCAUUUAAGCAUCCCAACGCUUCUCCCCCUUUUUUGUUCGGCUAUGUUUGAUACAGACAAUGACCAGCCUUGGGGUGUGCAAAGAUGCUACCCGUUGUAACUAACCAGCACACGGAGGUAAUUGCAGCACUACCAGUGAACGAGUACUGUUGCUACUCCUCCCGUCGAACGACGCCGUCGUCUAUGCUUAUGUGUCUGCCACGCCAUUCACGUCCACGCGGUGGUGUAACACCACGUCCUUACGUUCCGGAACAAUGCGACUCGGUUUAAUCGCAGGACACUCUGUCUCUUGCCGUCGUCGCUUGCGUCGCCAGCGCUGUAUAAUAGCAUCCGGCUACGGAUGUUAUGUGGAAAUGCAAUCGGGCGCGAUGCUCGGCUAGCUACUGUGUGAACGUGCUUAACUGUGCUGCACGCUAGUAGUACCCAUCAUCUGAAAGCUUUUCCCUAUGCUCAGUCUCUUCUGGAGUGGAUCUUCUGAAUGAAUGGCAAGCCCCGAACGAUGUGAAGUUUUUUUUCCAAGUGACUCUAAAUGCUGUUAUUCAUACAUAGCAUCACAAUCUUAAAGCGGGGUGACAUUGAACUGUGAAAGUGCGCGAAAGGAGAAUCUCAGGUGAAACAAACUUAUCGCACGACAAAUACACAAAUAGGACAUCUGAUCCAGCACCGACUACCUCUGCGGCCACAGUCUGGAGAUACUGGUACAGUGGAGGAACCCCUUGGCAAUCUACGACAGCCGAGUGGACAACGUUAUAUGAUGAGAGGUCGACGAAUACCAAUCGCACUACCGAACACUGGCGCACUGUCCCGUAGAAGACACACGCUGUACAUUCGUUCCGCCAUAAUUGUAUUCAUCCUGUUCGCGUUCCUGCAGUUUCAUGUGAUAAACUAUGACUCCUCCGACAGUGGAUCCAGCGACAGUACCAACUAUUCCACGGCAGCGAUCCUGCAGAUGGUGCCGCCGGUAUUUCAUAAGUAUUUGACCGGAAAACCUCGCAACUCCACGCAUGGUCAAAAUGGUACACACUUUGGAGGAGAAGGGCCCCGGACGGCCAACAUCAGCGACAUCCUGCGCAUGAUACACCGCUACAAUGACCUGCAGACUGUUCUCAACGAGGACAUCUACGGUCCAUUACAAAAUGAUUCUGUGAUAGUAGUAGUGCAGGUACACAAAAGGAUAACAUACUUACGGCACUUAAUUGUAAGCUUGGCCCAAGCGAGAGACAUUUCGCGCACUUUACUCGUCUUCUCACACGACCACUACGACGAUGAUAUCAACGAUUUGGUACAGAGUAUAGACUUUUGUAAAGUAAUGCAGAUUUUCUAUCCUUUCUCGAUACAAACGCACCCGAACGAGUUUCCCGGUGCCGACCCCGGUGAUUGCCCGAGGGAUAUUAAAAAAGAACAGGCACUGCUGCGAAAGUGCAACAAUGCACUCCAUCCCGAUCUGUACGGACACUACCGGGAGGCAAAAUUCACUCAAACCAAACAUCACUGGUGGUGGAAGGCGAACCGUGUAUUUGACCAGCUGGAAGUCACCAAGUACCAUACGGGAAUGGUGGUGUUUCUCGAGGAGGAUCACUAUGUUGCGGAGGAUUUUCUCUACAUCCUCGAACUUAUGUUCCGGAAAUCGCAGGACCUGUGUCCAAAGUGUAACAUCCUAUCGCUAGGCACAUAUCUGAAAACUUUCAACUACUACACGUACAACAAAAAGCAUCAACAACAGCAGAAACUGCUCCAGCAGCAACGCCAGUUGCAGCAGCAACAGCAGCUUAUGCUUCAGAAACAACGCCAGCAGCAGCAGCAGCAGCAGCAACAGCAGCAGCAGCAUCAAGAACAACAGUCACAACAGCAAUCACUACAGACGCAGGUCACCACGGAAAAGUAUGCGUCUCAGUCGCAGUGGGGUUACCAGGUGCUACCAACCCUCUACUCAAUCUAUCAAAAGGUUGAGGUGACGCCCUGGAUAAGCAGCAAGCACAACAUGGGUAUGGCGUUUAACCGUACCACCUGGUACGAUAUAGUACGCUGUGCGCGUCACUUUUGCGAGUAUGAUGACUACAACUGGGACUGGUCGUUGCAGCACGUUUCGCAGCAAUGCCUAAAACAGAAACUGCACGUCAUGGUGGUAAAAGGACCGAGAGUUUUUCACAUCGGCGAAUGUGGUGUACAUCAUAAAAAGAGUAACUGUGAAUCGAACCAGGUGAUCUCAAAGGUGCAGCAAGUCCUGAAAGUAGCUCGUGGCUCCCAGCAACUGUUUCCCCGUUCGAUAUCACUCACACAGACCAGUGUGAUUAAGAAGACGAAGCUGCGCAAGGGUAACGGUGGGUGGGGCGAUCAGCGAGAUCACCAGCUGUGCUUCAACAUGACGCUUGUUGGGCGGUAAUGUUUCGGAACACUAAAAUGUACCCGCUCCUAGACACGUUUCCCUUACUUUCAAUAACACGCACAUUCCUUGCUGUCCAUGGGGCACUACUAGGGACGAUCGUAACACUACAACGACCGUAUAAAGAAUCGAAUCGUUUGCAAGGGAGUCUAGCUCUUACGUUGUAUGUAAGUAGAGUAAUAAACCCGAAACCCCAGCCUCCGUAGCUGAAUAGACAAUGUAAGAAGCAGUCCGCGUGUUUUUGGGCUGGAAAAACGCAAGACCAAAGUUACGUUUUAGUUUAAUGUUUGUUUUAGAAUAUUAUUUAAACUAGCGAAUUGUUCUAUAUUGUUCAUUCUUUUGUUGCUCACCCAGUAAGUCACGUAAGUUGCAGAGUGGUUGAAUUUUAAUCGAAUGUUACCAAAAAUGUACCACAGGCCAAGUGAAGGUAGUAUUAAGCGUAGAGUUAGGUUAGUUGUAAGUGAAAAAGACAGAACCUAAGACUUGGCAACAAGCCAGUAAAGCUCCUGAAAGCGCUAAUAAUCACGGGAUGCUGCUUUUUGAUAGGCAUUUUCUUUAUUUAUUCAAACAUUCUUUGUUUAUGUUAAAACGUCUUUGUUGCCGUCGGUUAAGUUACUGUGUUGAAGUAUUUUGCAAACGCAUUACACUGCAAAUCCAUAAACAAAAAUUACUGUUGGUCUUUUUAAAAGCUCGAAUGUCUCAAACCAGUCAACAUUACUCUAGUCUCCUUUUUUCAUCUACCCUUGUGUUUGGUUAGCAUUAUAUUCCAGACAAUGUAAGAAAAAUUUCCUUUUUUCAUGUGAGGAAAAGUAGCAAAAGAAAAUGUAUGAACAAAAGCGAUUGUUACGGUUGCUGUACGCCUAACGUUAGCAGAUCAUGUUAUGUGCUAGUAUUCUCAAAUUUUCCCUUUAUUGGCGAUAGUACGUAAGUGUAAUGUUAGGUGUAACGGAAACGAAUACAAUAAACAUUAAGUGGACGGCACAGGCACUCAAAUAAAUAAAUCAAAUGUACAUAUAAUUUGCAACACGUUUGUGAAUAUGCAUAAACGGACCGAAUACGAUCAA